GCACAAGUAUAGAGCGAAAGACGCCGGGUAUACAAGGUUCCUGUCGCGAGUACUACGGUUCCAUUCCGACGCCAUCCCCCAGGAGGAACACUAGUUAGUCAUCUCUAGAUUAAGCAAUCAUGUUUCUCAAGUGGCUGAUCUUUGCAAUAUGUUUACACUAUGGCCUGGGCUUGGAUCAAUAUUCCUUGCCAGAAUUACCACCCGGGGAAGCACCGGAACCUAUAGUGACAUUCAUGGAAAGAACAUACCGUCCUGGUCGAGGCCGAGCAGCUUACGAUGCUGGUGACCCUGUACUCCUGACUCCAUUGAUAGAAGAGAAGAAGAUUGAAGAAGCGAGACGCGCUGCGUAUGUAGACCCAGAAAAUUUGUUGCCCGGUAUGGACAGCUACGCAGGUUAUUUGACUGUAAACAAGGAAUACAAUGCAAACCUCUGGUUCUGGUAUUUUCCAGUGGCAGAUAAAUCAGUUGAAGAAACUCCAUGGAUUAUUUGGCUUCAAGGUGGACCAGGAGCAUCGUCUCUAUAUGGCCUCUUUACUGAAAUAGGACCUUUUGUUAUUACCGAAGAUAACCAAAUAGAAGAAAUAAAAUAUUCAUGGGGCAAGAAUCAUUCGCUUUUAUUCAUCGACAAUCCUGUUGGUACCGGUUUUAGUUUCACUGAUGAUGAUCGCGGUUUCGCAACAAAUCAGACAACAAUCGGAGAGAACCUAUACAUAGCUUUACAACAAUUCCUGACUAUGUUCCCGGAACUUCGUAAAGCGCCUCUGACCGUCGCGGGAGAGUCGUACGCUGGAAAACACAUACCAUCACUCGGCGUCCAAAUACUUUGGAAUAAGGAUCAUGAUGAACCCAUUAAUUUACAAGGUCUUGCCAUAGGAAACGGAUUUAUAGAUCCGUUAUCUCUGCAGAGAUACAGCUAUUUUGUGCGAGAAGCUGGUCUCGUGGACGAUAAAGUAGCCAAUUUUAUGAACCAGCUGGAAACUGCUGUGGUGCAGUUUAUAAAUUCUGGAGAAAUGUUAAAAGCAUAUGCUUACUACAACUAUCUACUACAGCUAUUCCUUUCGGAAUCAAAAUUGAAUAACUUGUAUAAUUAUCUUCAAGAUGACAUAAGCUUGGAUGGUUCGUACUUAGACUACAUUCAAAAAGAUGAAGUUAGGCGUGCUCUACAUGUGGGAAAUACCAAUUUCACAUCUAUUGGAGUCGUGUAUAGGAAACUUGUUCCUGACUUUAUGGCUAGUGCCAAGCAUUGGGUCGAAGAACUGCUGGAAAAUUACAAAGUUAUGCUUUAUAAUGGCCAUUUGGACAUCAUUGUAGCCUACCAUCCGUCAGUAAACACUUACGAUUCAUUGUCAUUUUCGGGAACAACAGAAUUCAGAACCGCUAAGCGUCGACCGUGGUACCACGACGGAAAUUUAGUUGGUUAUUUUAAAAACGCCGGCAACCUGACAGAGGUGAUGAUUCGUGGAGCCGGACAUAUGGUGCCUGCCGACAAACCGGCCGCUGCUCUUGGUCUCAUCUCGGCAUUCUCCCGCGGUAUCUCACUUCACGAAGACACUGGAGUUCUAGUAGACGUUGAAAAAAACUUGCGAAGUCAUCGGCUACCUUUCUAGAAAAACCAGUUAAAAGAAAUCUUCUGCAAACGACUAUUAUUUUUAAUUUAGUUAAGUUAAUGUCUCUGAUUUAGAACUUUGCUUGUAAAUAC